AUGGCAGUUUCAAUUUCACUUCGAUUUCUUGGCACAUCCUCUGCUCAACCAUCCGCAACUCGGAAUACAUCGUCUAUCGCCCUGAUAAUCGACGGUACUACCUGGUUAUUCGAUACGGGUGAAGCAACACAGCACCAAGUCAUGAAAACAAACAUAAAAUGGAGCAAGAUUGACCGUAUUUUUAUAACUCACAUGCAUGGAGACCAUGUAUUUGGGUUGGCACCGUUAUUGUGUACAAUACACAACAAAUUUGAUGUAGGUCAUGAAGGAAUUGAAAAUACUCCUCCAGCAGAGAUCUAUGGUCCAUCUGGACUACGCCGUUAUCUGCGUACUAUUUUCUCUUUAACUUAUUCAAAUCUAGGCCGUAUGUACAGAGUACAUGAACUUUUAUUUGUCAAAGACCCAAUCGAUUCAUUAGUCACCCUCAGUAAUACCAACGAGAAGUUGCAUCAAAAUGAGUUAAUGGGAGAAAAUUUGGUUAUUGACGAAGCCAAAAAUCAAUGGAUUGUAUUUGAUGAUGAAUCGUGUACUGUUUAUGCGGCUCCAAUCCAGCAUAGUAUCCCUUGUCUAGGUUAUGUUUAUCACGAGAAGCCGUUACCCGGUAACAUCGAUAUUAACGAGGUAAAGCCACCAUUGAUGCGUAAUCGAGAAGCAUUAGGUUUUAAAAAUCCAAUGGAGUUGAUAAAGAAGCUGAAAAAUGGAGAAACUCUGGAACUUCCCGAUGGAACUGUCUUAAAACCACCACCUAAAAAGCCUGGACGAAAGAUUGUCAUACUCGGGGAUACAUUCGAUCCAACAGGCAUUGCACAUUUAGCAAAAGGUGCCGAUCUGUUAGUGCAUGAAAGUACAAAUGCUCUGACUUCUUUAGAUGGAAAAUCUGCUAAUUAUGAGGAGAUCGAGCAACGCUCUAAAUCUCAUGGACAUUCAACUGCUAAUAAAGCCGGUGCAUUUGCAAAAAGAGUCGAAGCGAAAAAACUAGUGUUAACCCACUUCAGUCAUCGAUAUAAAGGUGGUGAAAUCGAAGAGCAUGUUCAAAUCAUGGAAGAGAUUCGUCAAGCUGCGGUCCGUACAUUUGAAAGUGAUCAAGUGGUUUGUGCUAGAGAUUUAAUGUCUAUCGAUAUACCGAUUAAAAAUUCGGAGUAA